CCUUGCCGAACCGUCACCGCAGCCAUGCUUUGCCAGUGAGCACCUUACCGGUCAUCCGUCGAGGCGAUUCCGAUGAAGUCCAAAUUUGGCACUUUUAUCCUGUGAAGUUAGGGAGGUCUGGAAGUAAUACACUUCCUAAAUAUGGCCAGAGCAUCAGAAGGUGGGUACGAUGUGUUCCUGAGUUUCAGCGGAAAUGAUACUCGUCAUGACUUCGUGCGCUUGCUCCGUGACGCCUUGGUAGGAGCCAAGCUCCGUGUAUUCUUGGAUGAAUCUGAAAUCAAGGUGGGUGAUGAGAUUGCUAAGAAAAUCCUACAAGCUAUCGAUGAUUCCAAAAUCUACAUACCCAUCAUCUCUGAAACUUAUCCUGACAGCAAAUGGUGUCUUAUUGAGCUUGCACACAUGAUGAACGAUGUGUCUCAGGCAGAGAGUAGUAAAAGGAUUUUCCCCAUCUUUUAUAAACUGAAACCUGCAGAAGUUGAAGCUCGGACUCCACGCCCGCAGAAUCCUUCCUCUGAAGUCGAACUUAGGGCGUUCAAAGAGGCUCUUGCAAAAGUUGGUGGAAUCAAGGGAUGGAAGGUCGAGGAGCUACAUAGGUAA